GCAAAAACUAAAAACAACGUACCACGUGUUGGAUGAUCUUAUAAGGCUAAUUGCACACAUCUUCCUUCCCUCCGUCGUCCUCAGUCGGUGUCUCUCCUGACCAUGUCGUCCUCCGCCAUGAACCCUCCGAUCCAAGAUCAGCUUCAAACCCUCACAAUUUCUCCCCUAACUGUCACCCUGAAACGCCUCCCCCACAUCACCGACGACCUCCCGAACCUCCAGACUCAGACCAACCCUUUACAAAACAACAGCUUCUACCACCCCUGCGACGACGGAUUUUACAUCUCCCAUUCCGACGUCAUCCUUCGUCAAAUCGUGUUUGACUUUUCCGGUAACUUCCCUUCCUCUUCCCCUCACUUGGCCUACCACCGUGCUGGUCCCCGAAAAGAGAUAUUCUUCGAUCCCAAACAAGUGUGUGCUGCUAUCGUGACAUGUGGCGGCCUUUGUCCUGGGCUUAACACCGUGAUUCGUGAGCUUGUGGUGGGUUUGUGGGAGCUUUAUGGUGUCCGGGAUAUUUUUGGGAUCAAAGCCGGCUAUCGUGGGUUUUAUUCCGGUGACCCCAUUCGGCUUGACCCAAAACUGGUUCAUAACUGGCACAAGAGAGGAGGUACCGUACUCGAGACGUCUAGAGGUGGUUUUGAUCUUCAAAAGAUCGUUGAUGCCAUUCAAAAUCGUCGCUUUAAUCAGGUAUACAUAACUGGAGGAGACGGAACUCUACGAGGGGCGGUGAAGAUAUUCAACGAAAUCCAACGGCGGAAACUAAACGUAGCAGUCGUCGGAAUCCCAAAAACAGUAGACAACGACGUCGGAAUCAUUGACAGGUCAUUCGGGUUCCAAACCGCCGUGGAGAUGGCCCAAGAAGCCAUAAGCGCGGCCCACGUGGAGGCGGAGAGUGCACCGAAUGGGAUCGGGCUAGUGAAACUGAUGGGGCGUCACUCCGGGCACAUCGCCCUUGAUGCAACCCUAAGCAGUUGCGAUGUUGAUUGUUGUUUGAUCCCCGAAAACAAGUUUUAUCUGGAAGGGAAAGGGGGUUUAUUUGAGUUUCUUGGUAUUCGCUUGAAAGAACACGGACAUGCAGUGGUGGUGGUGGCGGAAGGGGCGGGGCAGGAUAUUAUUCCGAGGAGUGAUUCAGAGAAGCAAAAGACGGAUGAAUCGGGGAAUCCGGUGUUCUUAGAUGUUGGAGUGUGGUUGAAUUCGGAAUUGAAGAGAUGGUGGGAAAGAGAUCAUAAAGGGGAGUUGUUUACAGUGAAGUACAUAGAUCCGACUUAUAUGAUACGAGCUGUUACUGCGAAUGCAACUGAUAACUUGUAUUGUACGCUUUUGGCACAUUCCGCCAUUCAUGGGAUUAUGGCCGGAUAUACGGGAUUUGUCACCGGUCCGAUCAACGGGAACUACGCUUAUAUUCCGAUGGAGGACGUGGCUCAGGCCAAGAGUCCGGUUGGGACCAAAGACCAUAAAUGGGCUUGGGUUCGAUCCAUCACAGCUCAGCCUGAUUUUCAGUUCACUACAUAGACUCACUUUUCUUCACAAGAUUUUCGAAUCAAUGGAAUUCAAAGAUGGAAUCACUGAAUUAUUAUCUUUUCUGUCCCUAUCACUGGUUGUUUGGUUAGAAAUGGAUGGAAUUCAAUGCUCA